GUUACGCGAUACAGAACUCACGUUGCACAAAUGUGUCAAGCGCUCCGGAGUGGGUGACGAUGUACCGUCAGGGACAUAAUUAAAAAAAUACUUAUAAUACGGUCUCACGAUCGAACUGAUAGAACUAUAUGUUUUGGAUAUUAUAAACCGAGACACCUGGAGUCGAAAAGUGCUCAAGACCAGUUGUCACACUCAAAAUUCAGCACGGAUAAAACGAACACUAAGUUUUUUAUCACCACAUGGCACCCACAAUUGAACAAAUGAAGACCCAUACUGACCACUGUAACUGGGCAAACUGCUAUUGAUGUGUGACCAAAGUGCGGAGAUGCCUGGAGGUGACAGCAGCCCUGAUGGGGAGGAGCCUGCAUUACCGUCAACCACGGGGGAAGAUGGAGGGGAGGAGAGGGUGUCCUCAGCGCAGCAGGAUGGAGGGCUGCAGUCAGAGAACCUCGGGGGGGAGGAGAGCGGAGCUUCAGGUGGAGAAGUUGGGCAGGAAGAUGAGGAGAUGACGAGCGGAUCACAUGACCUCUCUUCCUCAGCCAAUCACAGCCCUGGUAGCGCUAUAGGUUCCACUUCAGCCUCAUCUAAGAGCAGUGAGAACACAGAUGGUGGCAGAGGGCAGGCCCACAGAGAGGUGAUGAUCACAGUGGCGGAGAUGAAGAAGAGGCUCCCAUCGGACAAACGCAGUCGCAGCAAAGCGAGCACUGUGGAGGCCUUACAUUAUGCACUCAAUUGUGUCAAACAAGUGCAAGCAAAUAGCGAAUACUACAAACUGCUGAUGCGAAAUGGCCAGGAUGAAAGGAAAGAUGCCAGCGUGUGCACCCUGGAAGAGUUGGAGAGAGUCACAUCUGAACACACGCUUAAAAACACGGACUCCUUUGUGGUGGUUUUCUCGCUGUCGAGUGGCCGCGUCCUGUAUGCUUCGGAGCAGGCUCCCAGCAUCCUGUGCUGCAAGAGGAAGUUCUUGGAGUCGGCCAAGUUUGUGGAGCUGCUCUUCCACCAAGAUGUUAAUGUCUUCUACUCUCACACGGCUCAACUGCAUUUGCCGCCUUGGAGCAGCUCACACACAGCAGGUGUUUUGUUUGACUGUGCCCAGGUCAAGUCUUUCUUCUGUAGAAUCAGAGGUGGGAAGGACCGUGAGGGUGAGAUGCGUUACAACCCAUUUCGGAUAACCCCUUACCUGCUGAAGGUGCAGGGAAAAGGAAGUGGGGAGGAGGAGGAGCCGUGCUGCCUGGCGCUGGCUGAGCGCAUCAUCUCUGGAUAUGAGGCACCUCGGAUCCCUUUAGACAAGCGAAUCUUCACCACCACACACUCCCCUGGCUGUGUGUUCCUGGAAGUGGAUGACAGGGCUGUGCCAUUGCUCGGAUACCUUCCUCAGGAUCUGAUUGGCUCUUCGUUGCUGACUCGCAUUCACCCAGAUGACCGCCCCCUCAUGCUGUCUAUGCACAGGAAAGUGUUGAAGUAUGCGGGCCAGUCUCCAUUUGAGCACUCUCCGGUGCGCCUGCGCUGUCAGAACGGAGACCACAUCACCUUGGACACCAGCUGGUCCAGCUUCAUCAACCCCUGGAGCCGCAAGGUGGCCUUCAUCAUUGGACGGCAUAAAGUCAGGACGGGUCCACUUAAUGAGGAUGUGUUCGCUCCUCAAACUGAGGAUGAUAUCCCUGUCACCUAUGAGGAAAUAAAAGAUCUGCAAGCAAAAAUCUACAAGCUUUUCCUGCAGCCGGUCCAUAACAAUGGUUCCAGUGGUUAUGGCAGUUUGGGAAGUAACGGCUCUCAUGAGCACUACAUCAGCGUAGCCUCUUCAAGUGACAGCAAUGGUAACCUGUGGGAGGACUCACAGCGGGAGCCGAUGACUCUGCAACAGAUCUGUGCUGAUGUGAACAGAGUCAAGAGCUGGGGCCAGCAGGCUUAUCUGGCCUCCAGCCAUAAACUUGCUCUUCUUGGCAAACCUGCCACAGCGUGUCUGCCCCCCUCAGCUCCCAACCCUGAGGUCAGAGAUCAUGAAGAAAGCAGUAAGCAAACACACAUUCCUUCUUAUCAGCAGAUCAACUGUGUGGACAACAUCAUCAGAUAUUUGGAGAGCUGCACAGGUCCAGCCCUCAAGCGUAAGAGCGAAUCUCAUUCUCUGGCCACCUCUUCUGCCUCAUCCUCUACCUCAGAAGACGACAAGCCUGUCGGAGCUGCUGACACAGCUCAGGCUAGCUCAGAUGUGGUGCUGGACAGUGGGGUGUCGGUGGCCCCUACAGCAGCAGCAGUUGUAGGAGCGCCUCUGACAGACAUCACUAUGUCCACCAAGGCCAUGAGUGUGGUCUCUGUUACCAGCCAGUGUUCGUACAGCAGCACCAUUGUCCAUGUGCCGCAGCCUGAAUCAGAAGCCACAGCACUGGAGGAUACCCCAAUGGGCAGCGAGCCUGCAGAUGCUGCUCCAACUCCUGUCCGUCCUGCCCCAAGCCCCCCGACAGAAGAACGAAGGUUUAUAGGUCUUACGAAGGAGGUGCUGUCAGCUCACACCCAGAAAGAGGAGCAAGAGUAUGUGGAUCGAUUCCGCCAUCGCAUCCUCCAGAGCCCCUACAGCUCCUAUCUGCAACUGGACAACAGCUCCAUGGCUCACUCCCACCACCCAGGCGACUACCCACAUCCAUUGAGUGCUGGUGGGUGGAACCGUUUUCGGAGAGGGAAACCCAGACACAAGCGCCCCAAACCCCAUGGUUCCUCAGACAGCUAUGCUUCCCCACCUGGCCCCAAAUCCUCCUGGCCCUCCUCAGAGUCCUCCCAGCCUCAGGUGGGAGAGCCCUACAGCCAAACAUCCCCACUCCAGGCACCAUUCUUUCCCAUGAUGACAACCCAGCCUGGCCCUGAACAGCCGCCCAGACCACAACAGCAGCCUGGAGCGACCAUGGUGCCACAGCCUCCUGACCAAACCCAGUUCAACUACAACUUCAACAUCCUGCAAUCUCCUCCGUGCCUGCCAGGCAUGCAACCGAUCCAGAUGGAGCCCAUACAAAAUCUGCAGAAUAUACCGAACUUUCACAGUGUGCAGCCUAUUGCUCCAGCCCAAAGCAUCAACCCAUAUGUGACUCCAGUCAUGGCUGUCAUCCUGCCCAACUACCCAACUUUCACUCCAGGUUACCCGUCCAUUUACCCACCGCCCACUUCUUCCAUGCUGCACCAGGCACCCGUCAACAUGGCAGGUUUUGCCCCUGCCAGUGUCCCUUUCCCUCAGCUCCUUUUCCAAGCCCAGCCUGUUCCCCACACUCAGACCCCACUGGGCCCUCUGCUUUGCUCACCCCGUGCCAGCUCCUCUGUUGGGGAAGAAGAGGAGGCAGCUGGGCCACGGGCUUUAUUCUCCAGCUCUCGCUCAAGUUCUCCACUGCAGCUAAACUUGCUGCAGGAGGAGUUGCCAAAACCAAAUGAAGGGCAGAGCAGCACCGGGCACAACCAUGCCGAGAGCCUUCACGAACAACAUACCAACGAAGGUGAUAACCCCAGUGAUUCUGGGAACCAUGAUGCCCAGUCUACAUCCAGUGAGUUGCUCGACCUGCUGCUGCAGGAGGAUGCCAGGUCAGGGACUGGCUCCAAUGCUUCAGGGUCUGGGUCAGGGGAGUCUGGUGGUUCUUUGGGAUCUGGAUCUGGCUCCAAUGGAACUUCAACCUCACACACUGGCAGCAGCAACAGCAGCAAAUACUUUGCCAGCAAUGAUUCAUCAGACACAUCACGCAAAGCCCGUAAGAGCCAGGAGGCUUCGGCAGAGCACCAGCACAGCUUUGAGACACGGGUGGAGAGCUCACUGUGGAACAUGAUCCAGCACACACCUGAGCGUGUCAUGAUGACAUACCAGAUCCACUCCAGGGACCAGAAUGAGGUGUUGGCAGAAGACAGGGAAAAGCUUCGUGUGCUUCAGCCCCUGCAGCCCUGGUUCAGCCAGGAACAGAGAGAAGAGCUGGCUGAGGUCCAUCCCUGGAUCCAACAGCACACAAUCCCACAGGAGAUCAACACACAGGGUUGUGUGAGCUGCAAUGCAGGUGUGGGAGUCACCCAAUCCCCUCUCCCUACUGCCCCUGACAGCUCAUCCCCUCUGGAGAGUCCUGAGCAGGACUCCAUCGGACCUGUGGAGGAUACUUGAGAGACUCUGAAGCCACAAGUACCAGCCACCCAGCUCACAGUGAACCAGCCCUGCCUGAAACCUUGACAAGUUCUACCAUUCAUUUCUUCUGACCAAUCCGGAGGAAUGGGUCCCUGUUUUGUAAAGGUGCUUAGUGGCUGGACCAGGCCCCGAGGAACACAGGAGGCAAGAGCGACGGGCAUUUUAUAGUCAGUCACUUUCUCUUAGUGAGCCUAAUGUGACUGCCUUUAUUCGACCAUAAAUAUUAUACCUCUCUACUUUUUGUGUUUAUAGACCCUUUGGGGGUUUAGUGUAUAUGUAAGAUUAACCAGAUCCUUUGGCACCAUGAACCUCUUGACACUUGAGAUAGGAAGAGUACGUCAUGGUUGCUGCCCCUGAACAUGAGCACUGUGUACACACACCUGGAUCUGAUGCAUGCGACUGGAUGACAUUACAGUGACUGCGCUGUUCCAGUUCCAGAGCACAUACCAGACUCUUCUGCAGAGACAUGGAGCACAGGUUGUACAGUGUAUAUACCAUGUCAGCUCCUUCAACUGGAUGUACCGUGGUUGACACAUGGUAGAUUGUUUUCAUGGAUACUGAGACAAAGACACAUUUGCUGCUCUCUGUUUAUAAUGUUCACAUUCUGAUCUUGUCAGUUAAUUGUUGUUAAAGUGUAUCUUGUUAUUCCGUAGGCUGGUUUCAACUUGACCAGAACAUCAUCGUUUUCAUGUUUUUCCUCACUGACAAACAACAGUGAACAUAUUGAUUGUUUUAAAUUGAAUUUAGUGCUACAACGCAAGUCCACCCUGAUGUCCAAAGCGUCCUGUAACACCACCCAGUCUCCUUCCUGUUUAUCACCCUACAGUACCUGUAGCUUACCUCUAACUGUAAACGGACACAUGAUCCGAUGUUUACCUAAUGAAUGAAUUUCUUAUUGGACUCGGUGUAGCUGUGUGUGUGUGCGUGUGCGUGUGCGUGCUUACAUGUACGCACUGACCGAUUGAGAGCUGCUACCUUCGAUACAGUUGUCCAACAGUGCAGACCAGACCAGGGUUUUCUACCAUUUUUAGAUGCAAAGUAUAUUACAGUACCAUGUAUUUUAUAGAAAAAAAUACACAAAACAGACUUCACAAAAUGUGUAAAAAGCCAUUUGUCUUGAAUUCAGGGACUGUUUGUUUGUGACACAAAAGAAUGAAUAAAUGAACUAUGACCUAAC